GGUACAUACGAAACGGACCAUCGUUGUGCUGUCCACGGUCAGCACAACCUACAUCGUUGUCUUCUUCAUUCACAUGUGCCUGGACACGCUGUUUUCCGAGGAGCCUGUGGUACCAUUGUGGCCGUUCGUGCCACACGCUGGUGCUUGGGGCGGGCUGUUCGGCCGGCUCUUCUACGGCGCCUGCAUGCUUAUUUGGCUUCCACCCGGCCUGUGCGUCAUCCUGGCCUUGAUUAUUUCGACCGCCGUGCCUGCAGGGCUGCACCAUGCCCUAGCACAGCGGCUAGAGUUCACGGUUGCCUCUAGCAAAGCCCUGGACGUGGUGCAGGACGUGGUCGCCAAGCACCGGCGGCUGCGCCUCCUCACUCACGGCCUGACUGGGUACUUCUCAGCGAAGCUGGCGCAUAUUCAGUGCGCCUCAUUCAUCAGCACGGUCUUCGCCUUAAUCAGUGUGGUUUGCGACGACGUCAGCUUCACGAUGGUUCUUUUGCUGCUCCCCAUUGUGAAUGACUUCCUCCAGUUCUCGUACCUCAGCCAGGAGCUCUCCGACUCGAGCGUUUCAUUGGCAACGUCCGCCUACUACGCUGCUACCGGCGGCUGCGUGAGUCUACCGGAGGCCCGCGCGCUCGCUCUCGUCAUGAGGACCGCCAGCACCACCCCAGCCCUGCGCUGUAGGGGAGUAGGGCGGCUCAGCCUCGCCGCAGCGGGGGAGGCCCUGGGCAAGCUGUGGAAAGUAGUCAGCCUGCUACGCGACAAGCUUUAACGUUCAUUGCACACGGGCGGAAGACGGAAUUUUCUUUGGAAUAUUUAUUUGAUUGCAUUGCAGCAGGGUCGCAAUUUGAACUCUAGUACGUUCUUAAUGCCUAAGUUCAUCUGAACUUUGUCAAUUUCCGGACGACUUUAAGGAUACAAUCGUCUUUGGCGCGUUGUUUUUCUGAAGUGACAUAUUCGGGAAACUCUAGGAAUCUGAAGUAACUCUUCUAUAUUUCGUCAGAACACGACGAAAGUCGUUUUCACUUACGUUUGCAAAAAUUAACGGAGUUUACAAUGUACUCUCUGACAUCGAACUGGGCAGAGGUAGUGUAAUAAUUCUACAUUCCCACAGUACUGCUUUAUAAGGACGAUAGGGAUUAUGGGAUGAAUGUUCCCCGAAGCGCGAAGACGCAAUGUGGCUCCUGUGCCCACCUCAAGCUUUCUAAACACUCCCACAAGUGAAGAAAAUGUCCGAUGGUCAAACCGAGUCUAAAAUUUGUAGUACUAGAGUUGCGGAACUCAGCCUACGAAUAAGCCAAUUAGAGCCACAGGAUAAGCAGUUCAAAAUCUUAACGACAUAUAUAAGUUUCUUUCUUACAUAAACUAGAUCUUUUCAAAGUCAUGUUAUACUUAAUGAUACCCACGUUAUCCUUAAAAUGCCUCCGAUAAAAAUGUUCCAACAUGUUCGGAUCUGAACAAAGUCGAACGAACCGAACACAAAAUUUGUUCGAUCGUUGCCGAACAUAAAGUGUUUGAGUACGAACUCUUCGAAAAAUAACGUCUAAAGUAUUCGUUGUCAAAAAAUGUCCGAUGCAUUGCGCAAAAACUUGUCUAAACAGCACGGCAAAGGCGGAAAUGAAGUAACUAUGAACCAGUCGUUUUCAGCUUUGUUGUAUGCAGUGCUCUUUCUCUCUUCAUGAUUUUCUUUAGAGUCAGCACAACCAUACAAAUAACAGUAGCAUGCUCCUCACUUCCAGCCAUGUAAAUAACUAGACUUGGGUUUAACAGAGCUACUUCUUCUGAGGAUGGAACUUUUAACCACCUUAAUUGGGUUUUAAUUGUAGACAAUAUAUUUUUUCUUGUACUUGUCCUC